AUGGCUGUCGAAGCGUACCUCUUGGAGCACCACGUCCGCAGCAUCUCAUGGCACGUCGUGUUGAACAGCCACGCGUCCACUCGCCCAAAGCCAUACGGCGGGCCAGUCGUGCCUUCGAUUAAGGCGUGCAAAAACUACCAAUCACACGCACCAGGCAAUGCCAAUGCUGAUUGGCGGUGCACCUUGCACAUGCCCAACAGCUUUGCCGCCGGAGACGGCCGCAGACUCGUGACAUAUGGAGAUGGCAGCACGUCAGAUGAGGCAUCCGAGGUCGCUUGCCUCCGUGCCGUUGCUAGCCUCGUCAGCAUUUCGCCGUCGGAGUUCCUCUUCCGCCCAGCGCAUUGGGACAUCCCCUUAGAUGACCUGGUGGCGGGGCUGUCGGGCGUGGGUACGGGGCACCCGGCUCUGCCAGCGUCCGGGCUGGACGCAGACGCGCGUGUGGUGGACCUGGUCCGCCGUUGUUUGCAAGCGCAUGGCGGCGAGUUCGGCCCGUCUGCAAUAUCACAUAAAAAGAUGGGCCGCCAACCCGGCGACGAGCGGGUCUAUGCCGAGUUCAACAAGCUGCUCCAGCCGGGCGGGCUGGAACUCUUCAUCCAGCACCACCCCGAGUUUGACUCCAAGCCCAACGGCGCG